UCAGUAAUAAACGUGAGGCUAUACGGACCGCGCGUCUCUCCUCUCUACACGUCCGCGCCAAUAUUCACGUAAAGUUUACAAACUUUUAAAAGAACGGCAAACGCACUUUUUUUUUUAAAUUCACGCAAACGGUAUGAUAUGAUGCGUAUUGAAUAGUAAAAAGUUUCGUUGUUCUUUGGACUUCGUCAUUGUAGUCGUAGGAAGAAUCUGCCAGCUGUCAUUUGUUUUGAUUAGUAAACGUCGCUGUGGUUCGCGAUUUGCCACCGGCCCACCGUCUAUUACAGUGUGAGUGGGUGGGCACGCGCGAGGUGGAGGCGGCGGUGCGGCGGCGGCGCGGCGACGUGCGCUCGCGACUGUAAGCGUUCGCCGACGCCCGAGGAACAUGCGCGCAGUCAACACGCGCCGCGCCGCACGAUCGCGCGCUACACAAUGCUCAACAUGAAGCUAAAGGAGCGCUUAGCGCUCGCGAUCAGCGCCUCCCUGAUACUCUUCACUUUAAUGCUUGUCGUCGAUCUGCAAAUGGACUAUGGAAUUUCCGGACACAGGGUACCCCUGCACGGCCGCGUCAGGAUCGGCGACGUAGAAGAUAAAGGCAGAUCAGCCUACAUAGAAUUUCGGAAGAGAUUCUUGCAGAAAAGCAACAGCAGCAAUGGUUCCCGAGAAUACGAACAGUCAGCCCAGGCAGAGACGAGUGGUCUUGCAACCGACGUGGAACCGAGGACGCCUGCGCCACCGGCCGAUAAGUUUGACGACUUACAACAAAUCCUGUUCGCUCAGCUACAGGGGUCCGCCUUCGAUAAUGCAGUGGUCAUACCUCCGCACCGAGACCUGAAUGUUUUGAGGCCCGAGAAUCCGACUAUUGGGGAGAUGGAGGAUUUAGAACUUAGUGUCAACGCAUCUAAUCUCGAGAAGUUUCAGCUGAAGAUCGCUCAGCAUGAACUAUACGAGGAUGGAGAGAUUUUGGUCGAAGCUAUUUUAAAAGAUAUGGCCACGCUGCCCGUGUUACACGCAGAACAAAAGGAAGGCGGAACGCAGCUCAAACUCAUAAUAGACUAUCCAAACGGAGUUCAAGCACUCUUUAAACCAAUGAGAUUCGCCCGUGAUGUCCAGACGUUGCCGAACCACUUCUAUUUCUCGGAUUACGAACGGCACAAUGCUGAAAUAGCAGCUUUUCAUCUCGACAGGAUACUCGGCUUCCGGCGGGCAAUGCCGGUCGUGGGCCGCGUACUCAACAUGACCACCGAGAUCUAUGACGUCACCGAAGGGGACAUACUCAAGACAUUUUUCGUGUCCCCUGCGAACAACUUCUGCUUCCACGGCAAGUGCUCGUACUACUGCGACACGGGACACGCAAUAUGCGGCAACCCUGACAUGUUGGAGGGAAGCUUCGCCGCUUUUUUGCCGUCUUCUGAUGUUGCUGAGAGGAAGGUUUGGCGUCAUCCAUGGAGGCGUUCAUAUCAUAAGCGCAGGAAAGCGCAAUGGGAGCUGCAGUCCGAUUACUGUGAUACGGUACGGACUACUCCGCCCUACGACUCUGGACGCCGACUACUCGAUCUUAUGGACAUGUCUAUAUUUGAUUUCCUUACUGGGAAUAUGGACCGACAUCACUACGAAACAUUCAAAAUGUUCGGGAACGAGACGUUUACGCUGCACUUAGAUCAAGGCAGGGCGUUUGGGAAGGCGUUCCACGAUGAACUCAGUAUUCUAGCACCUCUACUGCAAUGCUGCGUCGUCAGGCACACCACGCUCGCCACCUUAUUAAAAUUCGUCAAUGGCGUACCUCUAUCAGGCACUCUACGCGAAUCAAUGAAGAUAGAUCCCGUGUCGCCUAUACUCUGGGAGCCACACCUCCAAGCCUUAGACAGAAGGGUUGUAAUAGUUCUCGACGCGAUCCGUAAAUGCGUCGAGAAGGCCAACAAUCCGCUCCAAAACGAAAUAAACGACUUCGUAUGACCGCUAGAACUGUAUGCUUAGUGCGAGCUUCUUAACGUUCUCGACAGCGUAAAAGUUAAGCCAAUUUUGUAUGCAGUUGGAACAGCGCCCCUAGCGGCAAACGUACGCAAACGAUCCCACUCCAUACAAAUAUCAGCUAACUUUUACGCUGUCGAGAACGUUAAAAAACUCGCACUAAGCACACUGUUGUGUAGUCGAAGUGAAACUUACGCUUAUGUGAUACGGCAAGGGGCGUUGCAAUCAGUGAAAACGAUUGGCUAGCCGUGUUUAGCUUACAAAAUGUAUAUAAUGUAUUAACAUGAGAAUAUUUAUUAGGUAAAUUAUCCGUGAUUUCAAAAAGUAAAAUGAGUAUAAUAAUUACUUUUACGGGUUAAUAUCGUGUUGUUUUUUUGUCAUAUUAUUUCCGACGAUCUGAAUAUUUUUUACAGUUUUCAUCGUCACGGACGACACGACUAAUACAAGUGACGACCAAAUUAAAAUUUCAGAUUCGUCAAUGGCGUACCUCUAUCAGGCACUCUACGCGAAUCAAUGAAGAUAGAUCCCGUGUCGCCUAUACUCUGGGAGCCACACCUCCAAGCCUUAGACAGAAGGGUUGUAAUAGUUCUCGACGCGAUCCGUAAAUGCGUCGAGAAGGCCAACAAUCCGCUCCAAAACGAAAUAAACGACUUCGUAUGACCGCUAGAACUGUAUGCUUAGUGCGAGCUUCUUAACGUUCUCGACAGCGUAAAAGUUAAGCCAAUUUUGUAUGCAGUUGGAACAGCGCCCCUAGCGGCAAACGUACGCAAACGAUCCCACUCCAUACAAAUAUCAGCUAACUUUUACGCUGUCGAGAACGUUAAAAAACUCGCACUAAGCACACUGUUGUGUAGUCGAAGUGAAACUUACGCUUAUGUGAUACGGCAAGGGGCGUUGCAAUCAGUGAAAACGAUUGGCUAGUCUAACUCUCUUAUAUGUGACUUAAAGUGACUUAAAAGAAAUCUAAGACUAAUCUAAAAAAAAAAAAACUACAAAGUGUCUUUGGUCCCGCUCAUAGACUUAAGGUUUCGUGCCAAAGAUUGUCCAAAUGUAAAUGUGUUAUACCAGAAUAAUUAAGAGCCAUUCCAUUUAUGAAUGCCUGUUAGCCAUUUAGUAGCCAAAUUGUACGGAUGAAACAUUUUAUAAGGAGAAAUAGAAAAAUAAACAGGUUUUGUUAAAUUGUUUAAAAUAAAAAACGGCAUCUUGUAUUUUUGUAAUAUAUGUUAGUGUGUUAGUGUUUGUGUGUUUUCUGAAUAUUUUGAAAGUUAAACGAGUUCUUUAAAUAUAAGAGGCGAUAAUGAUAAUCGUGCAAACAUGCUGUACAUACUUAAUGCAAUUUUUUUUAAGUUUUAAGUUCAGAUUAAUUCAUCUUAAACAUAAUAUAUACUUAUAUAUAAUUGCUUGUACAAUGUUACCAUAGCUUUUCAGCUCAAGAAAGCACAUAUCUUUAUUAAGCAGUUACUUGCUGUAUGUGAUAAUGUUUUCAGACGCGAUGUCUGAACGUAAUUUUGUAAGUGAAUAUAAUCUCUGAGGCUAGCUAGCGUAUAUCAAUGCAAAUUACAUCAAGCAUAAUCGUUAUGUAGUUCCAUAAAUAAUCUAAGGAUAUUUUUAGUAAACUAAAAAACUUUUUAUAGAUGUACAAAUUCAUCUAAAAGUAAUUUCGGCUUAUCCCUGGAUGAUAAACAAUUUCAUAAAAUCAAGAUUAAGAAGAAGAAAAAAAAACACUUUAUUAUUUCGCUUUGCUAUUAAUUUGAUUAGUUUUCGGAUGAUUUGAAUCUGUUUAGUGUUUUUCAAUUAUAUUUAUUGUAGUUUUAGUUAUUAAAUAUGACUAUUAAAUAAAAUGUAGAACCUUAAAAUUAUAAUGAAUUUGGAGUACGGUGUCCUGAUGUAUUAAAUGUUCUGUAUUAUUUUUAGGAAUAAUGUUUGGAGAAUUUAUUAAAUUAAUUUUGCCAGCCCUAUGAUUAUUACGAGGUUAAUUUUUCGAACAGUUGUGAAUAUUGUACGUAAUUCGCGCGGGAGUACACUUUCUCGUAUUCAAGAGACUUGUAUGAAUCCAUGUAAAAAGGCCUACAUAAAUGAUUUGUACAAGAUUUUAAUACGUUCGUGUCGGUUGUAAGGGGCUUUCAAAAGCUUAAGACAAGUUCCGUUUAUGGGAUUUUUUUUUACAACUUUUAUUGACUUUGAAGGUAAACAAGCAUUCGGAUUACCUCAAGGCGGGCGGCCACGGAUGAUCAUGAACUUCAGCAUAGCUAAGCGUAUAAUGAAAUCCUAUGAAUAGUUAAGACUCCUUUGCAGAAGGGAAUAUCAUAGCAUAGCAUAGCACAGUGUAGCUUUAUUAGAGAUCAGCCGAUUUGAGUGGCGUGUUCUUAUUUGAAAGGUUCACUAAGUAUGAACUCGCUAUAUUUAUUCCUAGAUCGCGAUUUUGUUGUGCCCUGCGUAUUACUGAUCUCCGCGAACGGCAGUAGAUUUUUAUCAUUUCGAUUGCAUGACCUUUUGUCUGUUGGACUCAUAAAAAACAUUAUGUCGUUGUCAAACCAAAAUCUGCUAUGUGCACUUUUUGAGAUUUUUACUUUUUGACCUUUUCGUAUAGUUCAUAGCCCUAUCCGCCGUAUAAAAAAAAACUGUUAUGUGUCUAUAGCUUUAAUAUUUAUCCAUAGCUUUCAUUUGAUAUAGUUCUUAAAAAUUCUACUUCAUAUAAAAUUUUAUACGAAAAUGUUUUUACUCGUUAAUUCAAAAUAGAGUUUUUGCACAUAACAGAUUUUGAUUUGAUACCGACGAUUCGCUGUUUAUUUCAAUUUAAAAUAUUGUCAUUUAAAUUGUCAACUGUCCCUCUCACUUGUGUUGAGUGUGAAAAAGAGGGGAAGCGUUAAACUAAUUUUGUAUUAUCUAUAGCAUAAUUUUGUAUAGACUAUAGACAGUAGAUGUCUUUAUAAGGCUGCGCAAUGAAAAAAAAAACUGUGGGAAAAAGAGUCGACUUGCCAAAGACGUACCUAAAAUGUUAAAGUGUAAGAAUGAAAUUUUUGAUUAUGUUAUAAUAUAUUGUGUAUCGCGAUGACUGUUUGUGUGUUUCUGUUGACUGUUUGUAAAUUAAAAAGUUAAAUGAUUAUUAAA